UAUUCAGGUUAACUUCUUGUGAUUUGUAGUGCUUUUCAGGAAAACACAUAGUUGCGUCAUAUCUAUAAGACCACAGAACUUGAGCCAAGAAUGCACAUAACGAAUCUCCGCAAAGAGAGAUACAUCUAUAAAGAGAGAACAACUUGCAUUGAUCAUCACCCUCUAACGCUCCAUUAGCGCCUGGUCUUCUUCCCAGAGGAACAAGCGAUGUGGAUAAUCGGAACGUGUGUGUCGGCAUUGAUCAUCGCAUGGCUCACUCACUGGAUUUACCGAUGGAGGAACCCUAAGUGCAAUGGCGUUCUUCCUCCCGGUUCUUUCGGGCUUCCUCUCAUCGGCGAGACCCUUCAGUUGAUGGUUCCUAGUUACUCUCUGGACCUCCUUCCAUUCCUCAAGAAGAGAAUACAAUGGUACGGAAAGACGUUCCGGACGAGCGUGGCAGGUCGGGCAAUAGUAGUCUCGGCCGAUCCGGAAUUCUGCCAUUUUGUCCUUCAGCAAGACGGGAAGCUGUUCGACUCAUGGGCUCUGGACACGUUCGCAAAGCUUUUCGCGCAAGAGGGCGAGGCCAGCACCAACAUCCCAAACGUCCACAAGUAUAUCCGAAGCAUGGUUCUAAAGCACUUUGGCAUGGAGGUCCUGAGGGAGAAGUUGCUUCUCUUGAUGGAAGAAGCGUCUCGAGUGACUAUAAAGAGCUGGUUAGGCCAAGAAUCAGUCGACGUAAGAUACACCACCACAAUCAUGGCUAUUGAAUUCGGCGCAAAGCAACUGUUUAGUUAUGAUCCUACACAAUCAUCAGAGAAAUUGGGAGAUUUAUAUUUUGCAUUUGUUCAAGGCCUUAUGUCAAUCCCUUUGAACAUACCGGGUACAGCACAUUACAAAUGCAUGAAGAAUCAUAAGAAGGCGUUGUCAAUCAUUCGAGAAAUCGUAAAAGCUCGGGUUUCUUCGCCGGAGACACCAUACAACGACUAUCUUUCUCGCAUCAUGACAGACAUGAGUACAGAGAAAUUCUUGACAGAGGAUUCUGUGGUUCAGCUCAUAUUUGGACUUCUUUUUGUCAGCUCGGAUUCUAUUUCCACAACGUUGACGUUAGCUCUAAUGUUCCUCGAAGAGAAUCCUAAAGCAUUGCAAGAAAUUACCGAAGAGCAUGAGAACAUAAUGAAGAAUAGAGAAGUUUCAGACUCCUCGAUCACGUGGGAAGAAUACAAAUCGAUGCCUUUCACUCUUCAUGUAAUACAUGAAUCACUAAGAUUGGGAAACGUCUCACCUGGAUUGUUAAGGAGGACAAAAAGCGAUGUAGAAUGGAACGGAUACACGAUUCCGGCGCGCUGGGGAGUUUUGAUAGCCACUUCUGCUUUUCACCUGGACCCCGAGACGUACAAAGAUCCUGCUACAUUUGAUCCGUGGCGCUGGAAGGACUGCGAAUCAGAUGCGAUGCGGAAGAAUUUCAUGCCUUUCGGAUGGGGAAUGAAACAAUGUGCUGGAGCGGAGUACGCGAGAGUUUUCUUGGCGACUUUUCUGCACGUCUUGGUCACGAAAUAUAGAUAUAUAAAGGUCAAGAGAGGUGAAAUACGCCGAAAUCCGAUUCUAAACCUUGGGGAAGGCUUGCACAUCAAGGUCAUGGAAAAAUAGAAAUAAAACUGCUGCCACCCUUUCGUCAGAUAUCAACUUUCUUUGAUGUAGUUAAAUGGUCAAUGUUUUCUUUCUCGGCACAUUUCACUGUUUAUAUGAAGUUUGUUCUUUUACGAACCAGAUCUUUUGCUCGGUUAAGUACCUAAACUUUCUAAAAUCGGCUCAAUGUAUUGCUCCCGCCCAAUCGAGUAUCAUCAUUGACAUGGAGCGUCAUCUCAAUUUAAAAUCUAGUUCAAGAACACUCUUUUCCC